ACAGCCCAGAUGGCUGAGGUGUGUGCCCAGGACAGCGUGCUUGAAUUAUAAUUGGAUAUAAGAACGAAAAUAAGUUGAAAUGUAAUAUUGUUCUUUCUAGAUUGUUGGACUUGGUCUGAAUGGUGUUUUUGAACUGGUGCGUGAGACCUGCCACAAGUACCCAGAGCUGUGUGUAAAGGCUCUGAAAGCCUUGCUUGAUAUUCUGCAGGGCCAGCAGCCAGAGGGCAUGAAGGAUGAGCCCACAGACGUCAUAGAAAAGCUGUAUAGUCUGUUAAUGGAGAUUGCGACAACAUCUGGAGGAGACACUAAAUACGAUGGUCAGUCUCUGACAUCACUGGCGUGUUCCGCCCUCAUCAGUCUGACCAUCUCACUGGGUAACACGGGCAAGCUGCUGCAAGCUGUCACUGCUCUGUUGAUGAGUCCAGUGGCUUUGGCAACUGAAGAUGUGCAGGUCCCUGGAAUUCUGUCAUUGCUUCAGAAGAGUGUGUAUGCUGUGUUACUUGGGAAAUCACAGCUUCCAGACUGGAUCAACUGUGGUGUCAAGUCAAAGUCUUGUGUAUUGAUGUUUGAUAUAGAAAGUUUUCAAGAAUACUCGAGUACAAUGGAAGAAAGUGCUGUGGCCAGUGAUGGACGAUAUCUCUACCUACUGAACAAGAAAGGACUCUUCAAAGUUGGGUCUGGCUUUGGAGGAACUGUGAAGGGUCACAUUUAUAACCACAAAGAUGAUUUUCCACUGAAAGUGUGGUUGGCUUUUUCUGGGGGAAAACUUUUGUGUCGAAGUGACAACAGUGCUAUCAAUCUACGUAUUGUGAACACAGACACUCUGGAACUUGAAACUGCAUAUGAAUUUGAUGGGCCUGUAACUGGUGUCCUCUUCAGUGAUGGUGUAAACAUUGGACAGAUAGCACCUGCUCAAGAUAUGGACACUUUUGUUGUGAGGACGUUUGGUCUGGAUAAGUCACCCAUGCCCAUGUUGAGUGAAAUUCCUCUAAAGCUCACCAGAAGGUGUAUGGACAUGUUUGGAUCAACAUCGUUUGAUAUGGACACAGACAGGAGACCAAUCAACACAGGAUUUGAUGAGGAUACCAGCUCAAUUCUAACUGGGAAAGACUUUGGCCUUAUUAAAACAGUAGGAGGAAAGGUUUUGUACACUGGGAAAGCUGCUUCACUUGGUGUCAAACAGGGUGGGCCACCACCAGGCAAGUGGGCAGAACUCGCUAUAACAAAGUCACCAAAGAUCGUUCAGAUAGCUAUGGGCCAUGACGGACAGCAUGCGUUGAUGGUGUCAGAAGAUGGAAGCAUUUUCUUUGUGGGGACGUCCCGGCGAGGGGAAGAUGGUGACGGUGGUGUGUCUAAAGCUCGUCGACAGCCGAAGCCAGUUAAACCAAAGAAAAUGAUCCGCCUCGACUCUAAGACUGUGAUGUAUGCAGCUUGUAACAGUGGCAGCAGUGCGGUUGUCAGCAAGGAUGGGGAGGUCUUCAUGUUUGGAAAGGACACUUAUCAUUGUGAUCACGCCACUGGUCAGGUCACAGAACUGAAAGAUGUGAACAUCACACAAAUAGCACUUGGUAAGGCUCAUGCCAUUGCCCUGAGCAGCAAAGGACAGAUCUAUUCAUAUGGUAUUAACAACAAGGGGCAGUGUGGACGUGACUACAACCCCGGAGCCACCAGAGAAGGGAGUAACAAUGUGAACAUGGCUGAAGAGGAGGAGGAAGCAGAGACGGAGGAAUUUCUGUGUCCACCUGGUAAACACCGAUGGAAGCACGAUCAGUGCAUGGUGUGUGUUGUGUGUGGGGAGUGCACUGGAUAUGGCUCCAGUUGUGUAAACAGUGGCAAGCCAGAUAGACAGCCUGGCUCACAAUGUGGUUGUGGAGUGGGGGAUGCUGGAUGUGUGCUGUGUGGGGUGUGUAGCUUGUGUGGGGGAGACAAACUGGACCUCGAUGGAUUGGACGAAAGGGGCCUUUUUGAGGUGUUUGCAAAAGGAAAGGAGAGUUCGCCGCUGGAUAUUCUUAUCUCAGCACGUCAUGAAGUGAGGCACAUAGAACAGCUUAGUAGGAAAGUGGAGCAGCAACACAUGAAAGUGAGAAAAGCUCACCAAAAACUAAUAAAGGAGAAAAAACAGAGAGGUGAUGAUGGAGAUCAGGAAAAAGAAUACACCAAGUUAGUGAGUCUACUUCCUGCUGAGGUUGUCAUUGGCAAUGGAGACAUACUUGUGUCUCAGAUAGCCUGUGGUCAACAUCACACAGUUGUUCUGCUACAGAAUGGAGAUGUGUAUACAUUCGGCAGCAAUCACCAAGGACAGCUUGGACAAGGAGAUUUACAUAUCAGAGGCUGUCCCGCCAAGGUUACCCUCCCCAACACAGCUGUCCAGAUAGCAGCAGGGAGUCACCAUACUGUCAUUCUGCUCAACAACGGUCAGGUCUUCACUUGCGGAAACUUUCAGAAAGGAUCACUGGGGAGAUCGGGUUCUGAUGAAUCAGUGGUAAAGAGUAAGAAGAGUCACUGGUAUGCGAUGGCAGGACCCGUUCCUGGAGUUGGAGCAAGGUUUGGCUGCCGAGCGACGUGGAUAGGAGCGAGUGGAGAUCAGACAUACAUGAGGAUUGACGAGUCACUGAUAAAUGCUCACAAUCUGGCCAGGUCAAAUAUAUUUGCAAGCCAGACUUGUAUAGGUCUAAUUCCAAAGGGUGAAGACAAUGCUGGUAUGAUGAAAUGUCUCAUGAUUCAGAAGGCAGAUGGCAGCUGUAAAAGUUUCAGUGAUGCUGACCAAGCUGAUCUCAGCAACCAGGCAGUUUGUAUGGAUCCAGUCUAUGAUGUUCUGUGGGGGUACAAUCCUGUGACACACAAAGUGAACUGUUACAAUGUGUUGUCCACGGAGGCGCGGGACCUGAAGGCUGUGAAUCCCAGCUACUGUAAUCACUUCAGCCCUGAGAUCGCGGUUCCCAUCAGACAAGGGGCCGUUGCCAGCAGGUCACACUGUGCUCUACACAUGCUCAGUUGCUUGGAUACUCUGACAGUCUGUCAGCAGUUGAAUAUGACUGUAGUAGAGGAAACCAAGGAGAAACAGUCCAGUUCUAAGAUUUACAUCAAAGAGGACUACUCGGUAGUGAAUAGAUUUGACAGUCAUGGUGGUGGUUGGGGUUAUUCUGGCCAUAGUGUGGAGGCUGUGAGAUUCAGUUGUGACACAGACAUUCUUCUUGGAGGUUUCGGCCUUUUUGGAGGACGAGGAGAAUAUGUUGGCAGAAUCAAGAUAUUUGAACUUGGAAUGGAUGGUGGAGAAAAUGAAACUGAUGGUGAACUUCUAGCAGAAACAGAUGAAAUUCCAUUUGAAUGUGGAGCAAGAGAAAAGUUCUCCAUGUUGUUUGAAGAGCCAGUACCAAUCCAAGCUAACAACUGGUAUGUGGCAUGGGCAAGAAUAUCUGGACCGAGCAGUGAUUGUGGAUCCAGUGGUCAGUCCUCUGUCACUACUGAUGAUCAAAUUGUCUUCAAGUUCAAAAGCUCAAAGAAAUCAAACAAUGGAACUGAUGUCAAUGCUGGCCAAAUACCACAGCUACUGUACAGGUUGCCAUCUCGAGACAGUCCCAGUGUGAUCCGAAGAACUGAACUUGUUGAUAUGGCUCAUGUUCUUAGUCAAGAGUUUUCUCACUCAGUCACCCCAGCGAGUCUGGAAGCCUUACUACAGCUUCUAGAGUGGGGGUGGAUGACAUUCCACACCUCGAUGCGAGAGAUUGACGGCCUGAAGGGAAUCCACUUCACAGCGGCCAUCACCGAUCUACACAGACUCGUUUACAUCUGUAAAGCUUGCCUGAGGCUCAUGAAGAUAUACAUCAAUGAAAUCUAUCCUGAUGGCGUGACCAAAAAGAAAUAUCCACUGGAAACCACGGAGCUGGCCGAGCGAAUAGGAAAUACGUGUGACUUACUGCGCCGAGUUCUGGCAGAUGAGUUCUACUCUUCCAAGUUUGAGGUGUUUCUCCAUGAACCGGUCUCCCUCACGGACUAUCAGAACCUGCGUGAGGAGAUCCUGCUGGAGUGUCACGAGACUUUCAAAUCGUGUUUUCACGCCUUCUACCCGACUGGGAUGCUCAAGUGGUGGUGUUUGUGUGACUUACUCUGCCAGAUUGAACCGAUACUAGAAUUUAGUCCAAAAAAAUGUGUGAAAAAGGGAAUGCCCAAUGUGAGUGGUGUGGGUCGGCUGCUGGCUGCAGUGAUGGAAGCCAUGUGUCACCCGGCAAUUAAGCUGACCAGCAUCAUGCCCAUCAAUUGUGAACCGGAGGCGGAGGAGGUGCUGAGGCGACAGUCGCUGUGUAUGGAUGACAACACCAACAGCCAAGCGCGGCUCAGUGAGAUGCACAAGUACCCCGUGCUGGCCAGUCACAUGAGCUGUAGGAUGGAGGUUGACAGUGUGGGCUGGGGUAGCCACAUCUCAUUUAAAGAAGUCUUGGAUCACCUGCUGAUGAUCGUCGCUCUGCCAGUUCGCCAGGCUCUCAACAAAGAUGCUCCAACAUUCCCUCCCUCAUUAGUGGUGAACACUUGUGCUUUAAUGACAUCCAUCAUCAGCGAACUGGCUGCAUCUGCUACAGGCUUAGAGAUUGACUUCAAUACAACAUCGAGGCCCCUGCUUGUCACCCCAAACCGUUUUACUCGCACGAGCCAAGGUGCAUAUUGGAACACGGGUAAUGGAAGUCCUGAUGCAGUGGCUUUCUCUGUGGACCGACCGGGGAUCAUCAUAGCUGGGGUGUGUUUGUAUGGAGGAGCAGGACAGUAUGACUUCGAAGUGGAACUGCUAGAUGAACAGCCUGGUGAUGGAGCUCAAGACCUGUCUCAUCACCAUCGCUGGAACAGUUUGGAACUUGUACGAGGAACAUACAAACCAGAAGACUGUGUCAACGAUAUUGCAGAAAUAAAGUUUGACAGGCCUGUUCCACUCAAGGAAAAUGUGAAGUAUGCACUGAAGCUGAAGAAUUGUGGUCCAAGGACACUGAAUGGAGACGGCGGCAUCAGCAAGGUCAAAGCCUCUGAUGGAACAACCUUCACUUUCACCCAUUGCCUUUUCAGCACCAAUGGCACCAACCACACGCGAGGACAAAUACCACAGAUUCUUUACUACAGCACACCACAAGAUGGGGAAACGUAUCAUCAAACAAAUAAGAAUCUAGCAGAACUACAGGCCAGGAAGAAUGCCAUCGACAUCACUGGUGCAGUGUGCAGAAUGGCGACAGAUCUUCUUCGCAGGGCUCACAGUUUGUCAAUUGAUGAAGUGGAAGAAAUCAUUGGAAAGUCACACUUGUUUACUUCACUCCUGCCUCUGCUGUUUGCCUAUGUUGGUCCGAUUGCAUCCCAAGAUCCAAGGGGAGCGAUUCAGGUGUUAUACUUAAUCCUGGAAAUUCUACCAGCAGUUGUGUGCAUCACAAAACAGAUUGUACCUGCCCCAAUGAACUCGUCGUCAGUGUUUGAAAGCAGCAUCAUUGACAUUGGGACAACGUCGGAGCACUACGCUGUUGUAGAGAGUGACCACCCAUACAAGCACGCCAGUGUGGCCAACUACAAGGUUGAAUUCCCAGAAUGCGUGCGCUGGAUGGCCAUAGAAUUUGACAACCAGUGUGCAACAGGACAACUGGAAGAUGCACUGCAGCUCUUCAUUCCAGCUAGAGUUCUAAGAAAGAAAACUCCUGACAACCCAGUGGUUGGAGUGUGCACUGUAGAACAUGACAUUGCUUCCACCCAUUGGCCAGUUUUAAAGAAAUUCCAUGGACAGAAUUGUUGGCCAAAACAGUCUGUUAUUCUGCCAGGAAAUGAAGUCAUCUUUUCUUUGGAAACAGCAUCAGAUUAUGUGAAGGAUGAGAAAUCGUCCUAUUAUGGAUUCAAGUGUAUUGUCAUUGGAUAUGACUUUGAUGCCAAACCAGAAAGUAGCAUACUACAGCUGGAGAAAGAGCUGGCUUAUUUGGGAGGGAUGUGUGCAGCAGCUCUCAUGAGAAAGGACAUCACUUUGCCACCAGUAACUAUUGAAGAACUAGAUGAUGAGAUAGAGAUAAUAGAAGAAGGUGCUCAGCUGGUUUACAACGCUCACUCGAACCUGCUGGGAAAAGGCUUUGCUCUGUCACAGCCACCGACCAUCAUCCAGGCCCUGGAGGGAAAUUUACCAUUUUGCUGGCAGUCCAAUGAGAGAUCAUUUCUCAAAGAUUAUGUUGCUUGUACAGCUGGUACCAGUGGAGGCAGACUUGCACGAUGGCUACAACCUGACUCCUACCUGGACCCCAAACUGUGUGAGAUUGUUUGUAACAAAGAGGAACUCAAGUGCAGCUGGCCAGCUGUUGUGACAAUUCUUACCAAAGACCAAUACGGCGAUCUCGUCAAUGUGCCAAAUCUUAGAAUUGAGGUGAAGGCUGUUCCCAUUGAUCAGAAAGACUCACUGGAUGACUUGAAGAAAAUGAGACGAAUCAGCCGACCAGAUGAAGGAGAUCUGACAUUCGGAGGCAUGCCGCCGCCAUCACUUGACACACCAUACGAGUCGACCGUCAAAGACAGAAAGGAUGUGUUCCACUCUAUUACAUUUAUGAAGGCAUAUGAAAACUACUCGUUUGAAGAACUGAGGUAUGCUGCCCCAGCUGUGCCCCGGCCCAGUGAGAACAUGCUGGUGAAAAGUAAUAGUGAUGGAACGUACAGUGCAAACUGGACUCCAGGCUGUGUGGGCUUCUACAACAUCCACUCCACUAUCGAUGGCUUUGAUACAGCUGGUGGAUACAAAGUGGAAGUCAAAGAACCCCCACAAGGGGCACCUGCACCUUCACAGAGUACAAAGAAAGCACAUCAGCCUAACAGAAUGAGGAAGUUUGUAGGCACAUGUAGUGCCGGUCUGAGAGUGAGAGUUCACCCCACUCUUCAGAGUGAACAGAUUGGUGUGGUCAAGCCAGAAGGAGUUAUUUCAUUCAUUGAUGAGAUUCACAAUGACGAUGGUGUGUGGGUUCGCCUGGGUCAGGACAGUAUUACUGAGUGGUGCGUCAAUGGAUACUCUGAAGCCUGGUGUCUCCAGUACAACCAACACCUGGGUAAGACCCUUCUCGUGCCGGUCCAGGAACCAAAGUCCAUUCUCGAUGAAAUGGCCAAGGAACAGAUUGUACGGAAGAUGCCAGAGCAAGCUAGGGAGACAGCAAGACCGCACAGAGGUCCUGGUAUAUAUCAGGUUGUCAAAUGUGGGUCAUUUGGACACAACAUCCGCAGCAAGCCUAAUCUGAAGGCUACACCCACUGGUAUGCUUACACUUAACAAGAAAGUGUAUGCAAUUGAAGAUGUGACAAAUUCUGAUGGCACGUGGGUGAAGCUGGACUCUGAGAGUAUAGAGGAGUACUGUGACACUAGUGACUCGGAGGCGUGGACGCUGUGUAUGAGUAGAGACAACACCUACUACCUGCAGCACGAGAGCGAUCUGGGGCUGGGAGGCCGCGAUCCCUUCUCCUUCAGCACGCUACCAUCCACCAGCGCCAGGGGAUUCGACUUCUCAUCGGCACAUCAUCAGUCGGCCGUGUUCCCGUCGUUUGGAGAGAAAAACGAAGGUUUUGGUCGAAGUGCAAGCAUGCCUUCGUAUGGUUUUCUGUUUGGGCAUCCAGGUGCUGCAUCUAGUGUCCCUGUGUUUGGUCAAGAAUCGAUGGGUGCUACAGCCAGCCCGUUCAUCAUCCCGUCACUGCCCAUCACUGGCGCCGCGGGGCCCUUCACGUCCACACCAAUGCCAGAACGCUGGAUGCAGCCGGUGUCAGAGCGACGGGCCUCUCAACCAGUUUCAUCAAAACCCAUGGCUCCAAAACCAUUCGACCGGCGCCAGUCACAGCCGACCUACUUAGAGAGGCAGGCAGUGGAUCUGGGCAUGUUGAAGGGUGUUGGGAAGGACAAGGAUAUACCACCCGAACUGUUGGGAGUGUCAGUCAGGGAGCUGGUUAAUGCUUUAGGUGAAAGCCGAGCCAAUGGUAACGGGCCAACUCCAAACCCUUCACCUCCAGGAUCUCCCAGACAGAAUUCACGAAGCAACAGUCCCAAAGCCUCAAGUGAUUCAGGUUCCCGGUCAGGCUCACCUGCAGCUCGAGGUGACCGAGACAGCCCUCACCACAGAGGUCCACUGUCGCAUGAAGAGACAUUCAAAACUCCACCCAGCAGUCCCAUCCCCCUGAGAACGAGACUACACAAAGAACCUUCGUUUGAGACCUCCAGCCUGUCUCCACCUAAAACCCCUCCAUCAGCUCGCAGAGAACUGUCUCAGGUGAAGCUGUCCUCAUCACCAGGAGUAGCUUCAGCAUCUCCUGGAGGCUCGGGGUCAGGGAGUCCCAGAUACGCAUCACCUGUUAGAAGUGGAAGUCCUCAGUACCGUGGUGGCAGCAGCUGUCUUCAGUCGGGAGCAAGCGCUUCCAGCAUCAGAUCAUCCAGUCCCUCGCAGUUAAUGGGUGCAUUCAGUAUUGGGUCCUCACCACCAAAAGAUGAAGCAAUUAGGUUGUCACCCAAGGCAAAUAGAAAGGACCGAGGCCGUCAGCUACGAUCUAAGCGAGAACGAGCAUCAUCUCCGUCUCCACGUGACAUACCAUUUGUCACCAGGGCGAGGUCAGCAUCGUCAGCUUCAAUUACUCUUGACCAGCCCAGGGAGCCAGUCAAGGAAGCCCUGUCGCCAUCGGUGGCUGAAUGUCUCAGAGCUGUGUUUGCUGCAUUCAUGUGGCACGAAGGCAUCGUCCAUGAUGCCAUGGCUUGUGCCUCGUUCCUCAAGUUUCACCCUGACUUGACAAAAGAAAUGUCAAAAUUUGUGAAAAGUAAAGAUCGCGAAAGAGUUAGAACAAGGCAUGCAACAGAAUCGAGCAAAGGCUCUCCGAGAGAUAAAAGAAAAGAAAAUAUGAAUGAGAGCAGAGUUAGAUUUAAUCUCGAGCCACAGGUGAAGGACCUUGACUUGGUUGAAAAGUCGGCCAUACAGUCUAGACCUCCUAUAUCUCGACACAAGUCCGAGGGGAAUGAAAAAUGGAUUCCAGAAUUCAGUCAGAAGCUGAAGGAUGAUGGGGAUUCAAACAAGGAGACUCAAUUACCACCAACACUACAGCAUCUAGUUUAUUUUUGGGAAGAGCUGUCGACGUCGGUCAUACGAGUUAUUGAUCAAGAGUUGAUUCUUCCCAGCCCAGCUGUGGCAGCAAAAAUGAAGAAAGUUGAAAAGAAAGACAAGGAAAAGGACAAAGAGAAAAAGUUCAAGAAACGCAAAGACCAGAAAUCGAUGGCGAAAGGUCACAUGUUUGCCGAAGCAGUUGCCGGUAUGUUUGGUGGUGGUGGAAUAGGAAUAGGGGGCGCGGAAAGAGAAGCCGCCUGCGAACUGUGUGGUGGUUCAUUCCCACAUCCUGUCACCUACCACAUGCGCAGCGUCCAUCCAGGCUGUGGUAGACACGCCUGUGGAAAAGGCUACAACAGUGGUGGAAACUUCUGUGGUGGCUGGGCGGGCAACUGCGGUGAAGGUGGAAUAGGAGGCAGCAGUUGGUACCUGAUGUGUGAUGUGUGCAGGGACAAGUACCUGAAAGAGAAGCGCCAGUCUGAGAAACACAAGGACAAGGUGAAGAAGAUGAAGAAGCGGAGUAUUCUGUCAAAACAGCAGACUCUGAUGUCACCUCUGGAGCCUCACGUGAUACUUAAAAACAAUGCCAUGUUUCUCCUGGACAUGGCUAGUGCCUCUGGUUUCACGUUACCGAAACAUCACAAGAAACACGUUCUUAUGAGGUCGGACAUUGGACUGCCCAGUGUGAGUGAAAAUGCUGGUUCGGACAUGGAGUCUUUUCCGCCAGUACCAUUCCAAUACCUGAUGCAGCAUAAUGCCCAGAAUGCUGACUCGGCGUUUGCUGAGGACAUUUUCAUAGAUGACGAUGAUCGAGUCUUUGUCAGGUCGGGAUCGAUGUCCAUGGCUCAGAGAAGAAUUAUCUACCGGCCACGUCUACCAACCGAACCACGACACAGUCCCCUGGCAAGGUCAGGGUCAUUGGGGCAAGAUGUCAGGUCAUUUUCACAGUUCUCUUCAGUAGGAUCUCAGGAACAGAGUGUCAUAAUUGUGCCUGAAACCAGGGUUGUAACGAAAAGUGCUGGCACCAGUCCAGAAUUUGAGCAGGAACAGUUCAAGAAAACCAUUUUUCAGCGGAGUGUGUCAGAAAUUACCCCCGAGGAAGAAAACAGUCAAAGCAGUACCAACCGAUCUCUGUCUAGACGAAGAAACAACAGUGGUGGCGUGUCAGAUGGUGGAAUGUCACUUCUGAAACAUCCGUCGGCCGCCAUGACAAAGCUGAUCUCAUCGGUUGAUCGUCAGUCAGAAAAUGGGGAGCGAGCGUUACAGCGACCUGUCAUGGAAUUCAUCAUUCAGCGUCAUGACCUGGAUAAUCUUCAGCUGGCCAUGAGACAAGCACUGAGGAAGGCAGCGUGUCGAGUGUUUGCCAUGCAGGCAUUCAACUGGCUGAUGAGGAGUGUGGUACAACAAGUGUGUAUGCAUGACCUGUUGUGGUUCCUUGUGGCAGCGUUAAAACCUCUACCCGAGGAGGAGGAGGAAGAGGAGAAGGAGGACCAACAGAAGGAAAAGCAGAAAGAGGUCAAGAAAGAUCUCGAGGAUCUUCCUCUUUGUGAACACCCCUUGGCUGACAUCAGCAUUGCGGGGAAGGCUGUGGCACCUCUACCAGAGAUGUUUCAUACCCUGCUGCAGACAAUCUCGGAUGUCAUGAUGUAUCUCCCAGCCAGCACAGCACUCCAGCAAAUGGCGGUGUGCUGCUAUUGCAUGAGGUUCCAGCAGCACGACCACCAGUUUCUACAUGAGAGCCAUGUGUUUAGCAACAUCAGCCGCAUCCUCAGCAAAUCGGACGAGGAAUCCGAGGAAAUAAGUCUUGAUGCUUCACAGGUGAAACGCCUAAAAGAAGGACAUUUGAUUGGCUUUUCCCUGUACUGUCUGAAAGACUUAACGUCUGCUGCUGAAAUAACUGCCUCAAGUCGCCAAGCCAUGAUCGGCAGUCUUACAGACAAUUCAACAGAAACAUUCUGGGAGAGUGGUGACGAGGAUCGAAAUAAGUUGAAAAUUUUAACUGUGGUCUGCUCAAAGAGAUCUGAACCAAAGAUGAUUUAUGUUCACAUUGACAACACAAGGGAUGUGGCUAACAAAGUAGCAAGCAUAAUAUUCAGUGCUGGUUCAAGUUCUGAAGAACUCAAAAGAAUUAAACAGAUUGAGUUGGACAGUCGCAGUGCGGGCUGGAUGAGCUGCUUGUUACCGGAACCCAACAGCUACUUCAUUCAGCUGGAGCUGCGAGGGUCCGACCAGAGUCUGAGAGUCCGACAGAUCAAGGUGCUGGGCGAGGAGAUGGGUGAAUCCAACCUGCUGCCCAUCAAGAAGACUGCAUCAGACAUCCAGCAGGACAGCUGUGAGGCCGAGACUCUCAAAGUCUUCAGAAUAUUGACAGCACAGGUGUUUGGUCGCCUCAUCUUUCCACUGGAGAGGUUUGAGGAGCUUCCCGAAAACAAGAUGGAGGUUGACGUGGUUGAUGCUGACAAUGAUUUGAAGGAGCACAUGGUCGGCAUCCUCUUCAGCCGCAGUAAGCUGUCUCAUCUACAGAAACAGGAGUUUGGAUUGCAUGACAUUAACAGUGAUCUUAGACACCAGGUGUGCUUACAUAUUGUCCAGGGAAUCAGAAAGGAGGCGGGCCGUAUAAAGGAAGAGUGGGAGUCGACAUUGGGAAACAAACAGGAAAUGCUUGAUGACAACAGGGGCUCUGAUGUGUACUGUUUUGAACUGCUGUCCAUGGUUCUGGCACUGAGUGGGUCAAGUGUUGGUAGGAACUACUUGGCUCAACAAUACAAACUCAUCCAGGAUCUGUUCGGCCUGUUGCACACAGCAACCCCACGAAUCAUGAGACAGGUAACAUCAGUUUUACGGAGAGUGUUGCCAGAUGUUAAGCCACAGAUCUUAGCCAACAUUCUGUGUGUUCCUAAUUUACCUCCUUCAGACUACAGUAUUGUGGCCGUCACUGCAAAAGAUGGGGUUAAUGACAAUUUUGAUCCAGAAACACCAGGUAUACUGGAUGUGUUUCUGGCAUGUAUCAGCAAGGCUCUGUCUGUCCAGACACGGGUUAAAAGCAGUGGGCCUAGUAAAGGAGUCUCCACCAUCCAAUUGUCUGAUUGUUUAAAGGGAGAGUCAGUCAGUGCUACCGGUCGUCGGUGGUGGUUGAGAGGCCACAUGUCUGAGGCUCAAGCUACAUCAAUUAUCAACCUGGUCAGGGACAUGGCUGCUGGUAAUUUGUCAGAAACAUGGGCGGAGGUAACGAAAGCUGCCAUUGCUGAAUCAAUUCUGAACAUGACCAAGCUGAGUGAAGCUGAUCGAGAUUCUGUGUCCUGUGUGAAAAUACCCACUCUGUGGCUGGGUCUGGCUGCUCUGUGUGUAUUGGAUCAGGACCAUUCUGAACGUCUUUCAUCUGGAGAGUGGGUGGCCAGUCAAGAUGGUCAGCAUGGACAUCCUAGGCCGACCUGUGAUAACCACGAUGACGGGAUCACCUCAGCCAUUAUCCUGUGUAACGAGUGUGGUAACCUCUGUGCAGACUGUGAUAAGUAUCUUCAUCUCCAGAAGAAAACUCGAACACACCAAAGACAGGUUUUUCGAGAGGAAGAAGAAGCCAUUAAAGUUGAUCUCCAUGAAGGAUGUGGUCGAAUCAAACUGUUUUGGUUAAUGGCACUAGCUGAUUCCAAGACACUAAAGGCAAUGGUGGAGUUCAGAGAAGGCAAGCUUUCAACUACAGCUACUGUGGGUCCUGGAACAUGUCGUUUCUGUGGGACGUCAAGCAACACCGGAGUUCUGGCUAUUGGAAAUGUGUGUUCAGAUCCAGACUGUCAGGCUCAUGCCAACAAUGCCUGCAUUAAAAUCCUGCCCUGUGGUCACUCAUGUGGAGGUAUCAAGAAUGAAGAAAAAUGUCUCCCGUGUCUGCACCGAUGUCAGUCAUGUGACCAGAAGUCCCUGCGUCAGGAUGCUGAUGACAUGUGCAUGAUUUGUUUUACAGAGGCCCUCUCUGCAGCACCUGCCAUUCACCUCAAAUGUGGCCAUGUGUUUCAUCUGCAUUGCUGUAGAAAGAUCCUGGAGAAGAAAUGGGUGGGACCAAGAAUCACAUUUGGCUUCUCAUUGUGUCCUAUCUGCAAGGAUCAUAUUGAACAUCCAGUAUUGAGAGAACUCCUUCAACCGAUUCUUGAAUUGUACGAAAAUGUGCGGCGUAAAGCUCUCAUGCGUUUGGAGUACGAAGGGCUGAAGAAAGCCGAGGCUAUAGAAACACCAGGAGCAAGAUUUUACCACGACCCUUCUGGCUACGCCAUGGAACGAUAUGCCUACUAUGUCUGUUUUAAAUGCUUUAAGGCAUACUAUGGUGGUGAGGCUAGAUGCGAUGAACAGGCAGGGGCAGAUAACUACGAUCCUAAAGAAUUAGUGUGUGGAGCUUGUUCUGAUGUGUCCAGAGCACAGAUGUGUCCAAAGCAUGGAACCGACUUCCUGGAAUACAAGUGUCGAUACUGCUGCUCAGUGGCAGUGUUUUUCUGUUUCGGUACCACACACUUCUGUAAUGCUUGUCAUGAUGAUUUUCAACGAGUCACCAACAUUAGUAAGACAGAUUUACCACACUGUCCAGCAGGUCCAAGAGGAAAACAGCUCGAGGGAGAAGAGUGUCCCCUACAUGUACAGCAUCCACCAACUGGAGAAGAAUUUGCACUGGGCUGUGGUGUGUGUCGUAACGCUCAUACAUUCUAGAAUGUCUGUGUUGGACUGGUGUGUGUCACAACACUCAUACAUUCUAGAAUGUCUAUAUUGGACUGCUGUGUGAAGCAAUGCUCAUACAUUAUGGAGGUCUAUAUUGGACUGGUAUGUGAAGCAACGUUUAUACAUUCUAUAAUAUUUAUAUUGGACUGUGGUGUGUGUUGCAAGGCUCAUGCAUUCUAGAAUGUUUGUAUUGGACUGUGGAGUAUGCCAAAAUGCUCAUAAAUUCUAGAAUGUCUGUACUGGGCUAUGGUAUGUACCUGCAAUGGCUAUACAUUUAUGUCUGUACUGUGUUGCCGAAAUGUUCAUAGAUUGUAGUGUGUGCCACAGUGCUUGCAUAUUCUAGGAUGUCUGUACAGGGCUGUGGUGAGUGCCAAAAUGCUCAUACAUUCUUCUAGGAUGUCUGUACAACUGUUGUGUGUUUUAAAAUGAAAAUACAUUCUAGAGAUCUGUCUAGCGGUUUCCACUGGACUGGGGUGUGAACCGGUGUUCAUGCAUCCUAAAGAUCUGUUCAGCUGUUAGCACUGGACUGUGGUGUGUUCAUACAUUCUAGUCUGUACAGUGAUUUGCUCUGGGCUGUGGUGUGUGUUGCAAUGUUUAUACAUUCUAGGAUGUCUGUACUGUUAAACAUGCUACUGAACUUGGGUAUGUGCAGCAGGAAUUAUGAUAUAUUCUAGACUAUACAGUAGUAUUCAGUGUGUGCUGCAGUGAUCAUUUCAAUAUUUUACUUAAUGUUAAGUGCUAUAGUUGUUGGUUUUCUUUUUUUACUUCGUUAAUUACACCUUACAACUUAAGACAGCAAUGAAGUAGAAAAACAAUUUUCUCUAGUUGUUUUUUUUAUUCUUAUCUGAAGAAUGAAUGAAUACAUGAAUAUAAAGUAUCUUGUGUUAUUCAGUAAAUGUUUAAUUUUAUGUGUGAAUGAAACAGAGCUAAAUUAUAUAUCUUAAAAUGUAUACAGACAUUGUUUUUUUUUGCAUAUUGCAUAAUGUAUAUAUGAUUGCAUUUACACAGAUUUGUAUAAAUGUAAAUAUUUGUAAAAACAAAUUUAAUAAUAAUAAAUCCAUAUUUGUUUAAAAACAAAAAAAAAGAUUAAUUUAGCUUUUUUAUUAAGUUAGAUUCAAGAAAUACACCUAUAAAAGAAUUGUAAAAAUAUAGAUGUAAAAUAAUUGUAAAAAGUAUUUGUAUUGUUCUUUUAUGGAUGACAUUGAAAAAUAACAUGAAAAUCAAAUUCCUACAAUCAAUCUUGGGAGUUUUAAAUUAAGUACGUAUUCAUCCUUUGAUGUUCAUUUAUGUUUCAUGUGUUAUAUAUUUAGGUGCUUUCAUUAAGCACAUACCAGUGUCGUGGUACAACGUUAUAUAUAGUGGUGUCGUUAUCAGUAUUGUUUUGUUUAAAAAUGAAAUUAAACAUACUUUCCGCUGGAAUUGUUUACUUAACCAUUUGUGAAGAUUAUGAUAUAUAUAUGUAUUAUAAUAGUAGUAAUUGUUAACGUUUUGUUUUGUUAGUUGUUGUAUAUUGUACAUUUAAAAAACAAAUGUUACCUGCUUUUCCAAUCAGUAUAUUUACAAUUACUAUACAUGUUGUCGUAUUUGUCUGGUUUUGACAUAAGAAAUUAAAAUGAAUGUCAGUAUAAUAUGAUCAUAAAAUUAAAUGAUGUGAUUUCAAGUCGUUUUUUUUUUGUGUAUGUCAGCUGAACGGUUAUUGCCAUGUAAUUUUUCUGUGAUAAGCAUAAUUUGGUUACAGCACUGUCCUUCCACCAACAAACCAGAUUAUUGGCCAAAGUGCCUACAAUCCUUGAACACUAAGAAACAACCAUAAUAAAAGACAAUUACACAUAUUAAAAGGGACUUGCAGUGACUAGUUAGUUAAGUAAUUUGGUGCAUAUAAGCCUUUUUGCACUAAACGCUGGCAAACUAUUUUUAACUGGUACAACAUCUUGUAAAAAAACCAGGUCUUAACAAGCAUUGACAACAAAGGCUGGGUGAACUUGCCUACCCCAUAAAAGGAAGUUAAUUCAUAAGGGAGAUAAUUUCCAAUGCUGUAGCAUUUACCAUCAACAAGAUUACUUUGUUAAAUGGAUUCACUUAAGGAUUGUUCAGUUUCAUUUACAAACCUAAUAUUUAACCCUUUUCACAUUCUUUCAUUAUAUACAAUUAACUGGCCGACUUGAGCCACAGAGGCCUGCAUGCUUUGGUAGGUCGAUGUCUUAUAUUUUAGAAAUUUGUGUUCAGAAGUCCAGUAAUAGUUGAUUUAAAUAACAAUACAGUGUGUAACAUACAGUAAUAGUUGAUUUACAUAACAAUACAGUGUGUAACAUACAGUAAUAGUUGAUUUAAAUAACGAAUACAGUGUGUAACAUACAGUAAUAGUUGAUUUAAAUAACAAAUACAGUGUAACAUACAGAGUAUUACAUUAACAGAUUAGUAAUUAUUUCACUGAAAAUGUUUUGGUUUUUAAAUUACCAAGAGCAUGUAAACACAGAUGUGUACUGAAUUAUUUUGAUUCUGUUGAAAUUACAUAAAAACUGUCAUAUAUACUCUUUUAAAUUAACAGCAUCGUCCAGCAACCUUGUAGGGUCCAUUAGACUGAUAGAGAGUUACGUUGACAAAUAAUCAAUAUUAGAUGUAUUACAUUUUUGAUCAUAUAUGAAUGUCAUGUUUUUUUGUGUUUUUUUAAAGCAUACUAUAUGGGAGACUUUGCUUUUCUUCUUUUUUUAUCUCCCAAUAUUCGGUAUGCGAGUGUUUUAUACUGUGGGUUCAUUUACAAAUUUGUUAAUUUUAAGAUUUUUCUAAAAACUGUACCUGUACCUGAAGAAAAAAAAGUCAUUAAAUAGUUAACUGAAACUAGUUGAUGAAAGCACAGUGUGUAUGUAUGUGUUUUGCUUGUGUAUUAUUCAUAUUGAAUAAACAGUUUAAAAAAUA